AUGAGGCGGAAGGAGAAGCGGCUUCUGCAGGCGGUGGCGCUGGUCCUGGCGGCCCUGGUCCUUCUGCCCAACGUGGGGCUCUGGGCGCUGUACCGCGAGCGGCAGCCCGACGGCACCCCCGGGGGAUCCGGAGCAGCGGCGGCCGCGGCCGCUGGACAGGGCUCACACAAUCAACCAAAGAAGAGCUUUUUCUUUGGAGAUAGGCAGAAACUGAAGGACUGGCACGACAAAGAAGCCAUCAAGAGGGAUGCUCAGCGUGUAGGAGAUGGAGAACAAGGGAGGCCCUUCCCGUUGACCUAUGCUGAGCGAGUGGACCAGGCGUACCGAGAAAAUGGAUUUAACAUUUACGUCAGCGAUAAAAUCUCCCUGAAUCGCUCUCUCCCUGACAUUCGGCACCCAAACUGCAAAAGCAAACACUACCUGGAGACGCUCCCCAACACCAGCAUCAUCAUCCCCUUCCACAAUGAGGGCUGGUCCUCGCUCCUGCGCACCGUGCACAGCGUGCUGAACCGCUCACCCCCGGAGCUGAUCGCCGAGAUAGUGCUCGUGGACGACUUCAGUGACCGAGAACACCUGAAGAAACCACUUGAAGACUACAUGGCCCUUUUCCCCAGCGUGAGGAUUCUCCGAACCAAGAAACGGGAAGGACUGAUCAGGACCCGAAUGCUGGGAGCCUCAGCUGCAACUGGGGAUGUCAUCACAUUCUUGGACUCACACUGUGAAGCCAAUGUCAACUGGCUCCCCCCCUUGCUCGACCGCAUUGCUCGGAACCGCAAGACCAUCGUGUGCCCAAUGAUCGAUGUGAUUGACCAUGAUGACUUCCGGUACGAGACGCAGGCAGGGGAUGCCAUGCGGGGCGCCUUUGACUGGGAGAUGUACUAUAAGCGGAUCCCCAUCCCUCCAGAACUGCAGAAAGCUGACCCCAGCGACCCAUUUGAGUCUCCCGUGAUGGCCGGUGGACUGUUCGCCGUGGAUCGGAAGUGGUUCUGGGAGCUAGGCGGGUAUGACCCAGGCUUGGAGAUCUGGGGAGGGGAGCAGUACGAGAUCUCCUUCAAGGUGUGGAUGUGUGGAGGUCGCAUGGAGGACAUUCCCUGCUCCAGGGUGGGCCAUAUCUACAGGAAGUAUGUGCCCUACAAGGUGCCUGCUGGAGUCAGCCUGGCCCGGAACCUGAAGCGAGUGGCAGAGGUGUGGAUGGACGAGUACGCGGAGCACAUCUACCAGCGCCGGCCGGAGUACCGCCACCUCUCCGCUGGGGACGUGACUGCCCAGAAAAAGCUCCGUAGCUCCCUGAACUGCAAGAGUUUCAAGUGGUUUAUGACCAAGAUCGCCUGGGAUCUGCCCCAAUUCUACCCACCUGUGGAGCCCCCGGCCGCAGCCUGGGGUGAGAUCCGCAAUGUGGGCACAGGGCUGUGUGCAGACACGAAGCAUGGGGCCCUGGGCUCCCCACUGAGGCUAGAGAGCUGCAUCCGGGGCCGCGGGGAGGCCGCCUGGAACAACAUGCAGGUCUUCACCUUCACCUGGAGAGAAGACAUCCGACCCGGAGACCCCCAGCACACCAAGAAGUUCUGCUUUGAUGCCGUCUCCCACACCAGCCCCGUCACCCUCUACGACUGCCACAGCAUGAAGGGCAACCAGCUGUGGAAGUACCGCAAAGACCAGACCUUAUACCACCCCGUCAGCGGCAGUUGCAUGGACUGCAGUGAAAGUGACCACAGGAUCUUCAUGAACACCUGCAACCCCUCCUCUCCCACCCAGCAGUGGCUGUUUGAACACACCAACUCCACAGUCUUGGAAAAAUUCAAUAGCAACUGAGCCCUCACGUUGCCACAGUGAGCCUGGCGGGGUCCCCUCCAGCACUCCCUGCAGCCUCCCUCUCCAGAGGAAGGCGGGGCUGCCAGGGCUCCCCCAUUCUGUACAAGGUGCUGGCCAGCCAGGUCAAGGCAGAGGGGGCUCUUGAAGCUGGCCUGGGUGUCCACCCAGCCCUGCAGGCCCCAAAUGGUGGAGGCAUGGAGAACAGACCCCACAAGAGGCCCCACUCCAGAGCAGAGCCCACUGCAUCCCUGGCGGCGGCAUGGAAACCCAGGAGAGCCUUUUCACCCCACCACCACGUUCCCUUGAGCAGUACGUGGAAGGAAUGCCAGGGUAGCCCUUGGCCACCCGAAACAGAGUCCUCCAAGCCUGCCUGACAUUCAGCUGGCUCAUCCAUGAUGGUCCUUUAGUGAGAGAGAGAGGCAAGUUGUGUCUGUAGGCGCCAACUUUAAGCAACAGUGCCACUCAUCAGCAACAGAAGGACAAGAGUCUUUCUCAGGGCCAUUGGGUUCAGCCUUUUCAUUUUGGCCCCAGCUUGGGAUAACUGCAGUUACUCCCCGGCAUCUGUUCCUUGUCCUGACCCAAGGAGAUGAGGUAGAAGCCGUGCCUGGGGCCCUCCGAGUGUUCAGUGCUGGCCGCCAGCCAGCUGUCAGGUGGGGCAGAAGCGUGGCCCUCCUGUGCCAUGGUGGACAGCCCUGGUGUCUGCCCUGGCUCUCGGGGUGCUCAAGAUGCCCAGAUCAGUGCUCUCCAGGCUCAAGGACAGUCCGGCCACCAGCUUUUCAGGACUGGGUUUCAGAGGGCCUUGAGUCUGUGGCACAGGCAUAGUAGAAGACCUCCAAACUAGAAAUUCUGCUUGAAUUUCCCCCAUCAGCGCUUCCGUCUCUCUCUCUCUCCCUUCUCCCUCCCUCGGGCAGCUGCCUGUCUCAACAGAAGAGCAGAAGUGUGACGUGCUGGCCUCACAAAGUCCGGAGGCCACCGAGGUGGACUGCAGGCAGGUUGCCUAGCCCGGACUCCUUGUGGUUCUGGUUCUCAUAUUGAAUUCUAGAAUUUUUAAAGAACUGUGUACUUGGGUCACAAACUAGAGUACCACAUAGGAUUCUGGUAUUCUAGCAUCCAAUAUGGAUUUCUGGAAUGCUGUGAUUGAAGGAACCAGUCAACUGUAAAAUCUUCAAGGCAGCCCCUAGCCUAGAAACAAUCUGUGAAGUCCAAGGUUGGUGGUGUUGGGGGACAGGUAGGGGAUCCCACGUCCAUCCGCUCAUACCAGAGACCUGGGUGUGACACAGUCGUCAGCCCAGGCCGGAAGCUGUGCCAGCCCCGCCACGGUCACGGCUGCAGUGAACACCCCAGUGUCCCACAAACAGAUAUGCAGUCCGCUCCAUGACGGCCCUCUGUAUUUACCUUUUGCUUUGUUAAUUAUGUGUCAGACUCCCAGAGGGCUCCCAAACUAAUAGGAAGUGUUUCUCUAACCAGCCUGCCACCCACUGAGUCAGAAAUGGAGAUUGCAGUCUACAGCCCGUUGCUCCCGCCAGCUAGCCCAGGAAGUCUUUAAAUCGGUGUUCAGUUAGAGUCGAGCUUCUCGAUUGUGUUAUUUGCCAGUGAAAUAACUGAGACAUAAAUCUGGGAGCAGAGCCACGGAUCUGCCUUUGAGAUGCUGGCUGAUCUCGUCAGUUAUCUGAGGAGGGAAGUGAACUCUCCCAGCCACCACCACCCCGAUGAAGCGUGCAGCGGGCAAAGCGUCGCUUCCACCUUCUGCCUCAGCACAGCUCCCACUCUGGCCACCUGUCUGCAGGAGAGGCAGCCCCGUGCUUACAAAGCUUGCUUGUCCGUCCCUGGUGUCUUUUCCAAGUGAGUGCUACACCUUUUAGCAGUGGCCCUCUUUAGGAAGGAGUCAAAAGAUGCGGCCCCUUCCAGAAUCUCGGAAAGCAAGAGUGUUGUAAUUUGGGAGAAUUGAGGUAGGAUUCAUCAUCAGAAAGUAAUGCAGCGUUAUUAAAAUGAAAACUGUGCCUUUUAAAAAGAAAAACAUGCAAACGUACAGCCAAUCCCUAAACUUGAAUCAUUU